UUGAACAGUGGCGGGUGCGGGCUGCGGAGCGGAGCCGCGCCGCCAAUGGAGCCUGUCCUAAAAGGUAUUUCAGCAUUUGUAGAUGUUUGGUCAUCUAACAGAACAGAAAACUACUCAAAAACCUUUGAACAGCAACUUCUUGAUAUGGGAGCAAAAGUUUCAAAAACUUUCAACAAGCACGUGACUCACGUAGUCUUCAAAGAAGGACAUCUGGCUACAUGGAAAAAAGCACAGAAGACUGGUGUAAAAAUAGUUUCAGUACUCUGGGUGGAGAAAUGUCGAGAAACUGGAGUGCAUGUUGAUGAAUCUUUAUUUCCUGCAGUAUGCACUAAUGAAGGAUUACCCUUGCUGAUUAAAAAACACAAAUGUAUGCAGCCAAAAGACUUCGUUGAAAAAACUCCAGAAAAUGAUAGAAAGCUGCAGAGAAGACUGGACCAGAUGGCUAAAGAAUUAGCUCUACAAAAAACAGCAAGUAAUGCUGAAACUGAUAUACCAGUUUUAUUAUUUGAAGAUGAUGGUUCGCUUGUAUAUAGCCCUGUUAAUAAGAUAAAAGAUCAAUGCAGUGCAAUGGAAAGAAGAAUAAAGGAGAUGAAGGAAAAGAGAGAAAAUCUGUCUCUUACUGCUUCACAGGUAUCUCAGAUACCUCCAUGUAAUUCAUCAAAAGACUGCCACCUGUCAACUUGUAAUUUAACUGAUUCAGCAGACUCAUUGCCAGAAAAACAGACAGAAGACUGUUUAAACUCAAGUUUUGAUGAUCUUUGGGGAACUGAUAAAUUCAAAAGACAGAAAACAGAGGUAGCUGAACACUACUGUGAUGCUCAGAGCGAUACACAUACUUGCGUGAGUGCGUCACUGAAUUCUCCCUCGUGUAGCUCUGACCACAAGACCUUAACUCCAAAGCAAUCUAGGAGGAGAUGCAUAGGUGAUGAAAAUGAAGUUUCAGUGUGUCAUGUUACUGAUGGCUCUUGCAAACUUUUUAAUGAACGAGAAAAUAAGUUCAAUGAGGGGUUAAGAAAAACUAGAAGACUUCAAAAGCCAACAAGGACACUAGUUAUGACGAGUAUGUCUUCUGAAAAACAAAAUACCAUAAUUCAGGUAGUGAAUAAACUUGGAGACUUUUUGUUCUCAGAUGAUGUAUGCGAAACUACAAGUCAUGUAGUUGCAGGGAGUCCUCGUCGCACCCUAAAUGUUAUGCUGGGAAUUGCGCGUGGAUGUUGGAUUGUCUCUUAUGAAUGGGUUCUGUGGUCUUUGGAAUUGGGCCAUUGGAUCUCGGAGGAACCAUAUGAGCUAUCAUCCAACUUUCCUGCUGCUCCUAUCUGCAGACUUCAACGUCAUCUAUCAACAGGAAAAUAUCAGCAGAAUCUCUUUUCAAGUCAGCCUGUGAUGUUUGUAUCUCCUACCAGUCAGCCACCCUGCAAAAAGCUGAUUGAACUUAUACAGCUGUCAGGAGGAAAAAUAUGUAAAGCCUUACGUCAGGCAAAAAUCUGUAUAGGAGGAUACCCAGGAAAGAAGUACCAGGAAAUAAAAUACCUAUCAGAAAAAUGGAUAUUAGAUUCAAUCACACUGCAUACAAUAUGUCCUAUGGAAAACUACAUUUUUCAGCUGUGACCUAACUCAAGAGUUUCCAUAUGGUUGUAAGGAAACAAGCCUAGUUUGGAUUCAACAAGAAACUAAGCUAUGAAUAAAUUUUGUAAGAAAAAGCAAGUAAUAUAAAUACAGUCAAAUGUUUUCUACAUUUUU